GUACACACUAAAAGCUUAGUGAAUAAUUGUAUAAUUUAUGUUAAAGAGGUGACUCAAAUGCUUUUUCAAACUCUCAUGUGUUUCAUUCAUAAAUUGUUUAUGCAUGGAAAACAGAAGAGCUUGGACCGAUUCAGUAAUGCCAGUGUCAAGCUUAACUUACUGAUCCUAUUUGAAGCACUAUCCAUCCUUAAAGAAUUAGGCUCCUUCUGGCCAGGAUGCAAGUCAUGCUGGGAUUUAGAUGUUUACGCCGAACUGUAAAAAGGGGAUAUAAAACCCAGAGCUCAGUGCAUUCUGUGCAAGGAGCACGAAUCAGUCUACAAAACAAGAUCUGAUCAAACACUACGAUCUUUUGUACACCUGCCUCCCACGACAGUGUAGCCAUGGUACUGGAGGACUCUGAGUGUUGUGCCUUUGAUCUUGAGAUCACUGAGGAUGCUGUCGAGACUCCCUUUGGUAAGGUGCACUGUACCAUGAAGGGGGUUGCAAAGAGCAACCGCCCUGCCAUCCUGACUUUUCAUGACAUCGGCCUGAACCAUAAAACUUGUUUUGAGUCACUCUUUGAACAUAAAGACAUGCAUGAGAUCACGCAACACUUUGCUGUGUGUCAUGUUGACGCCCCAGGACAGCACGAAGGUGCCAGCACAAUCUCCACAGAGUCUACAUACCCAUCGAUGGAUCAGCUGUCAGAGACCCUGCCUAUGGUUCUCAAGUGCUUUGGGAUAAGCAGUGUGAUUGGACUGGCGGUUGGUGCUGGAGCCAACAUUCUUUGCCGCUUUGCAUUAAAACAUCCAGAUUUGGUUGAAGGUCUUGUUCUGAUUAAUAUGAAUGCUCAGGCAGAGAGCUUAAUGGACCGGGCAACACAAAAGAUUACAAGCUGGACUCAUGCUCUCCCUGACACAGUUAUAUCACAUCUUUUUGGAAAGGAGGAGAUUCAGAACAAUCCCGAGCGGAUUGCAACCUUCCGUCACUACAUUACAAACAGCAUUAACCAGUCCAACUUACAGCAGUUUGUCAAGUCCUACAAAAGUCGGCGGGAUCUGGAGAUUGAAAGACCUGUACAAGGAGAAAACGUUAAUGUACGAACCCUCAAGUGUCCAGCCUUGCUGAUAGCAGGUGAUAGUUCUCCUGCUGUGGAUGCUGUGGUUGACAGCAACUCCAGAAUGAAUCCAACAACCACCACCCUGCUCAAGAUGGCUGACUGUGGAGGCCUUCCACAGGUUGACCAGCCUGGCAAACUGAUAGAAGCUUUCAAGUACUUUAUCCAGGGCAUGGGCUACAUGCCAUCUGCAAGUAUGACUCGUCUGGUUCUCUCUCGUACGGGCAGCAGCUCAUCCCUGCAUCAUAGCCGCAAUCGAUGUGGCACAAACACAUCACAGGACGAGCGUGGACGUACCCAUACUGAUGUCUCCAUGGACAGCACCUUCAACAGCAUAGAGCACAACCCCUCAGGACCCAUACUUUCUGUUUAGCUGUUAUGCUAAAUGCCUGAUGUAAUCACACCACUGAUGCAGAUAUAAGAAUGUAACUAGGCAACUAAUUCUGAAUCAUCUGAAAGUUGAUGUUCCUAUUAAAUCACAUUUAAUGAUGCACUGCCUGCAUCAUAAGGGAUUUACUGUAAGCAGGGUCAGGUCAGCACAGCAAACAUAUGUAACUUAUACCCAUUAAACUAGACAUUGAGCUAGUCUAGUGCUUUGUUACUUUUGAUUUUUUAACAGUAUAAUAAACAUCCACAUUUUUUAUUAUAUAAAAUUAUAUGGACACAUUUAUAGUAUAGUGCAAAAGUCUUAGGCCACCACCACCAGAUUUGUUGUUUUAGAAGUGUUAAUGUCCAUCCAUAUUUAUUUUUCAAUCUAUUUUAAACAGAAAAUACAGGAAUAUGUAGUAAAAAAUAAUAAUUUUGAGGACUAAAUGUAUUCUUUAGGCAUUGUGAGUGUUUAAUGUGACCUCUCUUGGCACUAAACACAUCUUGAGCGUUUUUGAGCAGAAUGAAAGAGUAAUUUCAUUAAAAUUAGAAAUUAUGAUUUAAUUUCAUUUAGGUUUAAGAGAUCCUGCAGUUUCCUGCUAUUGCACAAGUGGAAGGGGAGUUUACCCUAAAAACUUGACACAUCAGUUUAUAUUUUUAUACAGUUUUUAAUACUAUAUACAUGUUUCUUGUAUUUUCUGGAUGUAUUCUAUUAAAGAGACUGAGAAACAAUUAUAUACGAUCAUUAUAACAUUGCAAAAACAACUAUUCUAAUUCUGGCAUGGUGGCCUAAGACUUUUGCACCGCAUGUGUUAAGAAAAUGUGUUAUAGUGAGUAUGUAUUAAAUGUUUUGUUGUGUGUUUUUCUGAUAUAUGACAAUUUGAACGUUUUAUAAACUGUAUAUUACAACACUUGCAUAUGAUUUUUAGAAGUGUAUUUAAUAUCAAUGGUGAUUUUAU